AUAAGCAGAUUAUUCCAGAAACAGACACUGCCUCCUGUUCUUCAUAAAUUGGCACCCUCCUAAAGUAAAUCAAGAAGGUUAUCCUCACUCAGCUUGCAUCAAUAUUUAAUUAUUUUCCAUAUUUCUGUCUUUUUUAAAAAUGAGAUUUGGGGCUGUUCUGUGACUGUUACCAAAUUUACCAAUGCACAAAAGUCAGAAUGUAUUUGGAAACUAAGAGGGCUAUUUUUGUUUUUUGGAUUUUUCUCCAAGUUCAAGGAACCAAAGAUCUCUCCAUUAAAAUGGACCGCUCUGAAACUAAAGACAUAGGCAAUGCCCCAAGAAUUGAAACAACGGAAAAUACUGCAAAAAUGUACAAACUGUCAACCAUGAGACGAAUAUUCAAUGUGACAAAGCAUCAAACAAAAAGAUCAGCAUUUUUCCCAGCUGGGGUUAAAGUCUGUCCCCAGGAAUCCAUGAAGCAGAUUUUAGCCAGUCUUCAAGCGUACUACAGAUUGAGAGUGUGUCAGGAAGCAGUGUGGGAAGCAUAUCGGAUCUUUCUGGAUCGCAUCCCUGACACAGGGGAAUACCAGGACUGGGUCAGCCUCUGCCAGCAGGAGACUUUCUGCCUCUUUGACAUUGGGAAAAAUUUCAGCACCUCCCAGGAACACCUAGAUCUUCUUCAGCAGAGAAUAAAACAGAGUAACUUCCAUGAGAGAAAAGAUGAGAUAUCCACAGAGGAGAUAUUAGGAGAGCCUGGUGAGACCCCUGUGUUUUCAACAGGUGUUGCCAGUGUCUCAGUCGGGCCCUUUCCUUUUACUCCUGAUGACACACUCCUCAAUGAUACCAAGAUGCCUACAAUCGAAGAAGAGAGAGAAUUCUCCGAGGUAGCCAGGGGCCCACUGGAGCAGAAGGUGGGGCUGAGCGUCUCUCUGGCAGACCAGGAGUUCGAGGCAGAGCUCGCUGACUCCCAGUCCCCCCACUACCAGGAGCUGGCGUCAAAGUCUCGCCUUCAGAUGCAAAAGGUAUUUAAGAAACUUCCAGGAUUCAAAGAAAUUCAUGUGUUAGGAUUUGGACCCAAGAAGGAAAGAGAUGGUUCCAGCUCCAUAGAGAUGCGACUUAUGGCCACCUUUACGAGAGACAGUGCAGAAGCAAAAAGUCCUGCAAGUGACCUGCUGUUUUCUGAUUCUAACAAAAUUGAAAGUGAAAGAGUCCUUCAUGGAAUGAUGGAGGAGGACAAGCACCCAGAAACCUACCUCACAGCUUUAGAUCUCAAAAAGCUGAUCAGCAGAGCACUACAGGAAGACAAAUCUUUACAUCUGGGCACAGUUCAGUUUACUGACGAAAUCGUUGGGUCAUCGCCUGGCUCUGAUCCCAGCGCCCAGUCAAUGAUGCCUGCUCUCUUGGCUGAUAUCGCAAAGGAUGCUACUUUGAGUCCAGAACUUCCUCUUGGUCAACCCAGGCUUGGUACAGUGGACAGAGAAGGACACAGUUUACUUGACCAUUUCUUGGAGAAGACCACGCCUGUCCCAGCUUCGCGGUAUAUCACCACCAGCCCUGUAACCACCGCUGCCAGGGGCCAAGAGCUGGUGGUGUUCUUCAGCCUGCGCGUGGCCAACAUGCCCUUCUCUGACCACCUGUUCAACAAGAGCUCUUUGGAAUACCAAGCUCUGGAGCAACGAUUCACACAGCUGCUGGUUCCAUAUCUACGAUCCAAUCUUACAGGAUUUAAGCAACUGGAAAUACUUAACUUCAGAAACGGGAGUGUGAUUGUGAAUAGCAAAGUGAGGUUUGCUGAGUCGGUGCCGUACAACCUCACCAAGGCUGUGCACAGGGUCUUGGAGGAUGUUCGUUUGGCUGCAGCCCAACUACUAGAUCUGGAAAUAGACAGCUACUCUCUCAACAUUGAACCAGCUGAUCAAGCAGAUGCCUGCAAAUUCCUGGCCUGUGGCGAGUUUGCCCAGUGUGUGAAGAAUGAGUGGACUGAGGAAGCAGAGUGUCGCUGCAGACCAGGGCACCUGGACCACCAGCAGGAACAGGGCCUCUGUGCCCCAGGAGAACAGUGUGAGGCUGCCCAGGCAGAGGGAGCUCCGUGCAGGUAACCAGGAAAAUAAAUUCUGCAUUACUAACUGUAAGAUAUGAAGAAGUUAACUAUCAAGAUUGGGGAAGGAAGUUAAAAGCUGAAAAUGUACAUAUUAUCAUUUAAUCUAUUUCAAGAGAGAUGGAUUGCUUUCUCAAGGAAAACUGUACCCACUCUGUCAAAAUUCUGCAAAUUCAGGUGGGCAUCAGGUGCUCAGAAGCCAGGCACACAGUCAACACUGAGAACCAGCACACAACUGGGUUUCAAACAGAGAAUCCUGCAUGAUGAAAGACACAUUCUGAAGAAACAGAUGCUUAUUUAUCAAAACCUAAAACAAAAUCAGUGAAACCUUGCAGCUACUCCUGGCUCAGAGUAAAGGUAAUAGUAAACCAGGUUUGCUUCCAGGUGCCCUUAAAAUAAUAAUCAUAAAUAAUCAUAGAUCAUUUACAAGUGCAACAUGUUGGGGUUUUCUGAGGGGGUGAGCAAUGUAUCAGGAAGCAAAUCUCUUCACAUAUUAGAAUGUCCUUAAAAGUUGACCACAUGUGCAAGGAGAUGCCAGUUUCUAAAUGCAUGGAUGUGGACAGUAUGUAAACACCAGUGAGGGUACAUAUGCUCCGCACUAUGUGUGUAACACACACACACACACACACACACACAAUUUCAGGUCUUAGGCAUAUCAGUUUCAUAAAAAAUUACUGCUUAUGUGGUAGAUUGUUUUGAUGCCAAUUAUUUCUGACUUUUUAAAGAAAAAGGUACUGGGCUUCAGAUAUACACAACAUAGAAAAUCUUUUCUUGUUACUGCAUAAAGCUACUUAAAGGAACACACUAUACUGGUGGCUUGGGGGAUAAGGCUGGACUUUGUGACACAGGCAAUUCCUGCUCCCCCCACAGAUGAACUAUGCCUUCCUAUAACCCAUUCACUCCACCGCGCUGACCCCAGUGAGUGCUCAGGUGGAUUGGCAUCAAGGUAAUCCAGUUCAGCCAGUUUUUAAUGUGCUACUUAAUGAAAAGUGAAUUCCUCUGUAUCUUUUUCAAAUAUUCCACUAUCAAAAUACUUGUUAUAAAAUCUUAAUUUCAAUAAAAUAUGAGCACCAUAUAUUCACUGAUUUAUAAUAAAGUGGGUCUGUGUUUUAGUAAAUGUUCCCUGGAUUUGCUUUAUGGAUUAUGAUGAUUUUAAGCAUGAUUUUAAUGCUGCUGAAAGACAGCAAAAUAUUACAUGUUGACAGCAACAUUUUAGCUGUAAACUUUAAAAAUAAAAACACAACAAAAUGUUUCCCAAUAAUAGAGACAAUCUUUAGGGACAUGGUAUUUGCCCCUGGCUACAAAUCCCUGGAAACUCCUCACAUCGGUCUCACAAAUGCCAAAACUUCAUCCCUAUGCCCACCCCAACCCUCCCCAAAAGUGAGGAGCUAUGAUAUCUGACAAGGACUUCAAGUUGUGGUGACAAAGAAGUACCUCAAAGCAAAGAAUGACAGCAAGAGAGGUACCUACUUCCACGCCCCUGGAACUUCCAGAGGAAAAUGUGCUUGUCAGAACACUGCAUGGUGAGUUGACCAAAGGCUCAUGAAAAAAAAAAAAACUGUAUCAAAAGAGAAAAUGAAAAUCUAAUACUCUCAUCUCCCAAAAGUGCCCCCCCCACUCUCUACAAAUCAGCUGUGUUCUAGCUACUGCAGAGAAGGUCGUUUCUGAUGGGGAAAGAGAAACAGGUGAACCCUCCAUUUCCUGUGGGGGAGCAACUGCCUCUCACCCUUUGCAUCACCCACUUUUUAGACUGGUCUUUUCAAACCAGCCAGAGAAGAGCUGCUGAGGUUAGACGGUCCGAGUCUCUCCGCACUCUCAGAAGACCCACCUGGAUCAUGGUAGGCUCCAGACAAGAGGUAUAAAGCAGCCUAAGCUGUAUUUGAAGGACUCUUCUUUGGGUCCCCAGAUUUUACAUCCUGUGUCACCUCACAGGUAGAGGCCUGGGGAAAGGGAGUCAGGGUUUCGUUUUUCUCUAAUCCAGGCAAAUGAGUAGUUGAGACUCACAUACCUGCUUGUUUCCUGGGUGAAAAACCCAGCGGAGUGUGGGCUCAGUUAUUUGGGUCCCUUGCCCCUUCCUACAGUUGCUGAGCACAGGGUUUCCACCUCCAGUGACUGUGUGAAGCUUCAGAAGCCCAGACAGACCUCUUGAACUUACGCCAUCUGAGACACGGGCAACACGUGCAGCAUUCACAGCUUUUUACAGUGCAUAACUCCCUGGAACUGUAUUAAAAGCCGAAGAG